UUAUCUUUAAUUGCAAAUAAAAGUGGCUAGAUCACGAUUUAGAAUCAUUUCCUUUUAUUAUUAUUAUUAUUAUUAUAUUUUAUAUUUUAUAGAAAUCAAAUAUUAAUAUAUAUUUUAGCAUUACUUAAAUAUGUCAUCAACUGCUGCUACUGCUAGGGAUAUCCCUACUAUAAAAAAAGCCGAAUCCGGAGCAUCGCUCCCGGCACAUUACAGCACAACUCCUUCAGGAACAAUUUAUUCUAGUACACCUGGAGGCUCAAGAAUUAUUUAUGAUCGUACAACAUUACUUAAUCUUGCUCAUUCCCCGUUGGCAAAAACUCCUCCAUCUAAUCUGGCUUAUGUCCCCGGAGUAACGAAAGUUCCUCAUACCGAAAAUGUCAAUUCAACAAAAUCUAAUAGUAAUAAUGUUAAAACAACUCAAGUAGAAGGUCACCUAGCCCCUCCACAAACUCUUCCUAUUAAGUUCAAACAACAUAAUAAUAAUACAAAUGGUACUGAAAGUGGUGAUGAUGAUGCUCAUGAUAAUAAAGAUCAUCAUGAUCAUGGUGUAUUUGAUAUGGAUAUGGAAUAAAAUGAAAUAUUUUCUUUCAUAAUCAAGUUAUAAUCAGUAUGCUUAAAAUUUUUUUGUACAGGAAUUCAUAAUUGUAUUUUAUUUUCAAUUAGUUUUAGUUCUUCAUUUUGUUUUUUCUGAAUAAGAUUUUUUGUGUUAU